AUGGCGAAGAUAAUCCAAUUUCAUAAAACCGACGACAAACUCUCCCAAAAAUUCCUCCACUCUAUUAGACUUCUCCUCCUCCAGAGCAAAAUCUUCGGCUUCAUCACCUUCAACGAAACCACCUUCGAACCCUCAAAACUGCACUCCUUUUUGAAUUUCUUGGCUGUGGUUGCCUACUUGCCGGCGAUUUCUUACAGCGUGUACAGCACCGCCAUCUACGACACGCUUUUGAUUUACAAAGCCACCGAUAUCAUGAUUUUGGCGGGGAAUGUGGUCUACAUGGUCACUGCAUGGGUUUGUGCCACCACAAAGCGCGAUUUAUUCGUAGAUUUUUUGGUGAAAGUGAUCGAAUUCGACGCUCAGUUGCAGGCGAUGGGUACCCGGAUGAACUACACCAAGUGGCAGAAAAAAAUUCUGGUUCAGUGUUUGGUUAGACACGUGAUUGUGGUUGCGAAUGUGGGUACUUUGGUGUAUAUUACUCUGCCGAAAGGGUCGAAUAUGGUGGUGGAGUCCAUGGCGUACGUUUUAAUUAUGAUGAAUUCGGUGAUUUGUCACCAGACUGGGGAGCUAGUGUUGAUGUUAAAAGCCCGAUUUACCAUCCUGAAUAAGCUGAUUUUGAGUUUGGUUGAUCGGUUUAAGAAAAGUGGGGCCAGAACGUCGAAACAGAGCAACGUUGAGCACUUGCUCACUCUGAGCAAAAUCUGUGCUUUGCACCACCACUUGUCGAAACUUGUCCGACUUUUUAAUGACGCUUUCGGGUUGAUUCUUCUCUUGAUGUUCGCCGUUAGUUUCGUGAUUAUUGUUAUUUCUAUUUUUUACUUGAACGUCGUACUAAAGACGUCGGUUUUUUACGCGAUUGACGUUUUCAACCCACUUUUGGCUAAUGUGACGUUCGUAAUGAACGUGGUAUACAUUUGUGACGCUUGCUAUUCAACUAUUGAAGAGGUCAAGAGAACUGGUGAACUUAUCCACAGGAUUGAUACCGAAGAUUGUGAUAUUAGGGACGAAAUCGAGAUGUUUUCGCUACAGAUAGCAAACGAGGAAGUUGAGUUUAACGCCGCCGGAUUUUUUUCUAUCAAUUACACGCUGAUAUUUUCGAUUAUUGGAGGGGUUACCACUUAUAUUAUAAUAUUAAUUCAGCUGUCUAACUCCAUAGCUGAAGACUAUUAA